AUGAUAUUACUAAUAGUAAUAUAAGUAAUAAACAUAUUUGCUAAUUAAAUAUCCGAGCAAGUAUUUUACUUAUACCCAACAGAAGGAGAAUUUUAUCAAAACUAUAUACGUUCUUUUAUUACUAAUGCUUAAUUAAUGUGCUAAAUGUAUCCUUAAGUUCCAAAUGUACAGGUUAUAAAUUAAUGCAAAGAAAUAUAUAGAACCAAAGGGAAUGGUAAAAAAUUAAAUAUUAUUAUAGAAUUUAUAUCAAUGUCAUCAAAUAAUACACAUUUUGGUACUCUAUCAAAUGAUAAUGAAAUAGUUAUAUAUGAAUGGAAGAAUUAAACGAUUCAAUAACUUUGGUAAACAGUAACUAUUAAUCCUUUAUUUAAUUGUUUUAACAUCGAUUUGUCUUUUGAAUUUUCAAUUAUAAUAGAUUGCUAUUACAACAAUGAAUUCUUUUUAAUUAAAUUAAUUGAUGCCUAAUCAACAAUAGCUUAUUAAAUAUAUUCAUAUGCACCAAUUUCAACCAAAAUAAAAUCAAUUAUAAAUGGAACAAAUACAUUUUUAGUAUAUGCCUAAUAUUUUGAGAAUUAUGCAAUACUUUCACUAUUUUCAUCAUAAUUUUUAAAUUUAAGUAGCUUAAUUAACUAAUUUGUUGAUUUUGAUAUACCAAAUAUGAUAAGUCCCAAUAUUUAUGCAAUUACUUUCCAAGAGAUUUUGUAAAUAUCAAUAUCUUCAGAUUCUCAAUUUUAUUUAAAAUAUAAUUUCAGUUAAGAUAAUAUGAUUGAUUUUACUAUUAUUGAUGUUUAUUACAAUUUUUAAAGUUACUCCUAAUGUGAUCAAAUAUAGUUAUUAUAUAUCUAAUUAUCGAAUUACUAAUCAGAUUUUAUGAUUGGAUAAUUAAUGGGAUGUGAAGGUAAAAUAAUCAAGGUAAGUGAUAGUUGCCCAUUUAAACCUUGCUAGCCUAUUUAGAACAUACUUUAAAAUAACUAAUUUAUAAUAUAUUAAUCAAUAAAUGAAUUUUGUAUUUAUAGCAAACAAGCAGCAGAUAAAUUUUACUUUUUUCAAAUUAAUUAAAGAAAUUCCUUACUAUAUUUUGAUUAUGAUAAUUACUUAUUUUAAUUUGAUUAAGAGAUUGGUGUUUAUUAAAUUUCAGUUCCAUCCAUCUAAAUUAACUUAACCAAAUUAACAACUUCAGGAAAUUUAUACAAUUUUAGUCUUACGUGUAUGAAUUAUGAUAAAACUUUUUCAUUAAGUCUAAUUAAUUUUUAUAUUUAAAUACUAAACAAUUAAGAUACAAAUAUUUAUGUAACAUCUAAUUAUGGGUUUAAUGAUUAUGAAUUUUCAGUUGAAGUUUCUGGAAAAUUUUUAUUUUAUGGUUAUUCAGGAUAAUUAUUAAAUUAUAAGCUAAGCAAAAACGAACCCUAUUUCAAUGUUACUUAAAUAACUUUUUAUAAAGUAGGUGAAACCAAUUAAGUUUAUUAAUUCAAAUAAUUCUUGUCAAUAAAUUAUCCUAUAUAAGAUGAAAAAUAAUAUUUGAUAGGUUAUAUUAAUUAAUAACUUGAUAUUAUCUCUUGCAUAUAUAACUAUAGCAAUUAAUUCUACUAAUUAAUUGAAUUAAAUACAACUAACAUUUCUGUAAAUGCAAAUUCCUUAAAAGUUUCCUAUAGCCUUUAUCCUAAUGUAAUUAUAAUUGGACUAAGUACGUAAGAUACAAUCUUUUUGUUUUAAUAUUUGAUUGAUAGCAAUAGUAUAAUCAAUUAUUCAAAUUAAACUUUUAAAUAAAAAUUCUCAGAUUUUUUAGUAACUUAUAAUAGCAUAAUUAUUCUAAUGAGAAAAAAGUAAGAAAUUCUAAUAACUACAUUUAAUUUUACAAAUUCUUUUUCUCUUAAUUAAAAGUCAAUAAAUAAAUUGUUUAAAAAUAUUCAAUUCAAUCCUGAAUAAAUAAUUGUAAAUACAUAAUUAAUGUCAUCCUUAUUAUUUAUCAACAAUAUAAAUGAUGUUAUCAUCUUAUCAAUAGAUUAAAAUAAUUUUCCAAAACCUAUAUCCUUGAUUAAAGUUAAUUUCACGAUUAAAUAGAUAAAUUUAGUCAACUAAUAUUUGAUAUUAUCAUAUUUAUGCAAUAAUGAAUAGAAUAUUUGUUUUUAAGUUUGGAAUGUAUAAAAUUUACCAUAAUACUACUAUAUAAAGAAUCUUUAUAGUGUAAAAUUUGAUUCUAACAUAACAAUAUAAUCUGAUAAUCUAUUCUUUUAUGUUACUUUUAGCAAUUUGACUUUUUUAUGUUUAUAAUCCUUAAUUACCAUAUCAUAUGAGUUUAUAUUAUAUGUUAUAAUUAACAUCGUCAUUUUAAUGUACUUAGUUAUCAUAAUUAAGGGAAGGCAUUAUUUAUGAAAAAUCAAUAAUAAUUUCUAACAAAAAUUUAUAUAAACUUUUUGGAUUAUAAAACUUUAACCUUACAUAUUAAUUUGAAAAUUAAGUCUUUAACAAUUCAAUAAGUUACCCUAAAUUAACCUAUAAUUAUACUAUAACUUCAGCAUUGAAUGACACAGCCAUAUACUAAACUCCUAAUUAAACUGUUACUUUUUAUGCAAAUUUCACAAUAUUUUCAUAUUAAAACAAUUUAUAAAUUGAUUUAACUAAUAAUACCAUAAUUCCUUAAUCUAAAAAUGUCUCAUAUCCAAUGAAUUUAAUUCUUGAUAGAUAAGUUGGAUAUUGUAAUAUCAGUUAAACCUAAGGUAUAAACCAAUAUUGUAGUUUAACAUAAUUUUUUCAUAAUUACAGUAAAAUUCCUAAUUAUAGCAAUUACUCAUUAAUCACAUCAAUCAAUAACGAAUUUUUUGCUUUUCAGAAUAACUCUUACAUAUAAAUUGUAAAUAGCGAUUUAAGUAAUAUAUAUAAUUUAAGCUAUUCAAAUCUAAACUUGAGUGAAUGUCUAAAAUCAACCUCAUCUAAUUACACAUUAUAUUCAAUUUGUUAAGAUAGUACUUCAUAAUA